AUGAACUUUCAAGCUUCCACAAGAUUUGUCAUAUGGGAUUAUGAUGGUCAUGUCUUGUUAGCUAGUGCCAAUAAUAUUGGUGAAAACUCCAUAAAUGUGGCUGGAAGUGUUGCUCUUUGGGAUGGUCUUGUUGCUGCUAUUGAGCGUGGUUGGGAUCAAAUUAUUAUUGAAGGUGACUCUAAGCUCGUCAUUGAUAGCAUUCUCUAA